AUGGAAACAUUGAAACGAAAACAAAAAGACGAAUCAAAAAACUUGUCAACGCCUUUUUUCCCCGAGUACCGAAACCGAAACUGCGCGGAUGUACCUCCCCCUUCUUGUUCUGUGAUAUACCGAGUCAGGUGCUCUGCUACAACUGCUCAGGAAACGCUUGGCCAAGAGAUCGACCACAAGCUGCUUCGGCUAGGCUCGCUCGCAACUACCGCUACUCCGAUGCAAGCAGAUACUAGUUUCUACACCCGGGUAGCCAGCCAGAACAUCGAUUCCAGGCGCGUUUACUAG